AAGGUUCCCGCUUCACCCGUGGACUCUCUCUCUUUUGCUGGUACCAGUGGCGAAGUUGGACCGUUAGUUUCUACCUCCAGCUUGAAAGUGGUGAAAAGUGGAUUAUCACAAGAGCCAGGACCCCGUCAACGCCAACUUGACAAGAUUGAAUGCAGAUAGGUGGUGGAUGUUGAAACGGCUGAGGACAAGAGCCAAGAAGCUGGCAGCAAACCCUCUCGUCAAGACACUGACCAUGAAGGCACAUUGGAACAGAACAUCGGACCACGUCAAACUAUCCGGGAAAGUGAACAGCACACAUUAAAAACUAUGAAGAAAACAAAAGCAAAAGAAAAGGGAGGGGAGAAAUUGAAGAAACACGUCUGUCCACACUGUGAGUAUAGAACGGGGCAUGCGGCCCAUUUGAAAGAUCAUAUUAGGAUUCACACAGGUGAAAAACCAUACCAGUGCCAGUAUUGUGACUAUUCUGCAUCACAAAAGAGCCGCCUGAAACCGCACAUCGCUGCUAGACACCCCGGUGAGAGACCAUCAUACGGACGUCGACGCAGUGAGCGUUCGACAGCAUGCAAAGGUGAACGUGUCCAAACCAAAAACACUGGUGGUGUGAGACCGUAUAAGUAUCGCUGCGAUCUUUGUAACUAUUCUACGACACACAAUGCACAUUUGAAGCGCCACAUCGCGGCGAAACACAGUAACUACAGGCCGCACAAAUGCCACAUGACUAAACACACAGGUGACAAACCUUACAAAUGUGUUGUUUGUGGGUACGGUGCAGCACAAAUGUUACAUCUGGAACGACAUAUGGAAACACACUUUGGCGGUAAGUUCUACAAAUGUGGAUAUUGUGGUUACGCCACUUCACGGAUGUGUGAUUUGAAGAAACACAUACUGCCCGUACACACCGGUGAGAGGCCUUACAAAUGUGUCUUUUGUGAUCACGCUACGUCACGAAAGUAUGAUUUAAAGAAACACAUACUGGCCAGACACACCGAUGAGAAGCUAAAUCGUGCUGCACAAAUGUCAAAUUUGAAGCAACAAUCCAUUUCUGGCAAGAAGACCCACAAAUGUCACGUUUGCAGUUACGCUACUUACCGAAAGUAUGAUUUAAAGAGACACAUGGCCAAGCAUACUAGUGAGAAGCUAAAUCAUACAGCCAAAAUGUCAAAUUUGAAGCAGCAAUCUGGUAAUAAUCCGAAACAGCACAUUAGGGCCAAACACACUGGUAAGAAACCUUACAAAUGUGAAGUCUGUGGGUACGGAGCAGCACAUCUGUCAAAUUUGAAGCUUCACAUUUUGGACAAACACUAUAAAGAGAAGCCUUAUAAUUGUGAAGUUUGCCCUUAUGGCACUUCGCGAAUGUGUGAUUUAAAAAGGCACAUCGCCAUACACACUGGUGAGACACCUUACAAAUGUGACACUUGUGGGUACUGCGUAGCACAACAGUCAACUUUGAAUCGGCACAUGGCUAAACACACUGAUGAAAAACGUUAA